AUGAGAUUGAUCGCAGGAUUAGGUGGUUUGUUUUGGGGCUCUCAGGAGGGGAAGAGGAAAGUCCAUCAGGUGUCGUGGGACAAAAUCUGCAGCCCAAAGCAUCAAGGAGGUCUUGGACUAAGGACUGCCAGAAGCUUGAACCUUGCCUUCAUGAUCAAACUCGCCUGGAAGAUCCUCAAUAACAAGGAUGAGCUCUGGGUGAAGGUGCUGCAGGGGAAGUACUUCCACCAGCGUGAGGGAAGGAUUUUGGGGAUGAAAAGCAGCAACCACUCCAGCCUGUGGAGGGGGAUAUGCAAAGGUUUCCCCAUGAUGCAACAAGCAACAGUUUGGAGUAUAAGAGAUGGAAGAACGACAGAGUUCUGGAAUCACCCUUGGAUCGAUCACGAAACUAUUCUGGGGGAGCACUGCCUUAGAGAGUUGACAGAGGAGGAACGUUAUAUGACGGUUUCUGAGAUGGCUAAUGAUCGAGGUGAGUGGGAUUGGAGUAGGCUCCAUGAUGUCCUGCCUAAUGAAUUUAUCUGCUGCAUUGCAGGAAUGGAAACACCAGCGCAGGACUUGGGAGAAGACACCACGAUUUGGGGCCUGGAGAGUGAUGGAAGGUUCAUAUUCAAAUCUGCCUACCUCCUUGCAGCGAACGAGAUUGGAAAGGAAGCUCUACCUGACUGGAAGGAGCUGUGGCGAUGGAAGGGUCCAAGCAGAGUGAAACAUUUCCUAUGGCUGGUUCUGUAUAACAGACUUCUCACUAAUCACGAAAGAGCCAAGAGGAACAUGACAGCUGAUUCUUUCUGCAAAGCCUGUGAGGGUGAGGACUUGAGAAUCUUCAAGCAGUGGAUGAUGGACAAUCUCAAGAAAGAGGAAGGAGGAAUCGAGUUCGGGAUAGCCUGCUGGAUGAUCUGGAAACAAAGAAACGAAGAAGUAAUGGAAGGGAAGAAGUAUUCUGAAGCAGCCCUUAUUUGCAGGAUCUGUUCAUGGGUCAAUGUCUAUCAACAGGCGAACAAAAACGAUGCAAAAUGCCUCCUGCAACCUCAGACUCAGCACAACUCUACUGCCAUUGCUUGGAAGCCACCUCGCGAGGGCUGGCUCAUCCGAGACCACUUGGGGUGA